AUGCUUCAUCCAAUCCUUGACAUCAGCAGUUUCAAUGUCGCUAUCACAUUCUCUGGUAUAUUCUUGCUUGGUUUUGGGUUCAUCUCGUUGAAAAUAAAACAGAGAUGGUACCUUGGGGAAGCAUUGCCUUCGUUCAUUUUCGGGGCUCUUCUAGGCCCGUUUACCACAAAUCUAAUAAACAUGAGCCGAUGGAGCAAUGGUGGUGACGGGGAAGAUAUCGGAGGCAUUGCUUAUGCACUGGCACGCCUUGUCCUUGGAAUUCAAAUGAUCAAAGUUGGCUAUGAACUGCCCAAGCGAUACCUACGUCGACGGCUGGUUGAGCUGACAAUUUGUCUACUCCCCUUGAUGGCGAUACAAUGGCUGGCUACUUCAGCAUGCAUCAAGUUGAUGAUACCCCACUUAUCUUUUUUGACAGCCUGUAUCAUUGGAUCCUGUGUCAUCUGUAUAGACCCGGUUUUAUCUCAAGCGAUCGCAAAGGGCCCCUUUGCCGACAAGUAUGUUCGACGGCAGCUUCGAGAAUUUAUUUCGGCCGAAGCAGGUGGAAAUGAUGGAUUUGGAUUUCCUUUCCUUCUGCUCUCAAUUGCAUUACUACGAUACGAUGAAGCUCCAAAUAACGGCACGGGGCCGAUGAGACGUGAUUGGAUCGGAGAGACCGAUACUGGUCGGUUUGGUGGAGAUGUCGGUCGCGCCUUGGCGCAUUGGGCUGUGGAAGGAGUUCUGUACAUGAUUAUGAUGGGCUCGGGGUAUGGUCUUUUCGUUGGAUUCGUCGGUCGGAAAGGCUUGAAUCUGGCUUCCAAGAGAAGGUGGAUCGAUAGGGAGAGUUUUGUAUUAUUUCCAGUUGCUCUUGGGCUAUUCAUCGUUGGCACUUGUGGCUGCUUCGGAACCGAUGAAACCCUUGCUUGCUUUAUUGCUGGAUGUGCACUGAACUGGGAUGGCUCGUACCACUCCGAGAUUGAGGCACGACAUGAUUCUUUCAACUCGUCAAUUGAGACGGUUUUGAAUUUUGGCACGUUCGUCUUUCUUGGAGCUGUCAUGCCAUGGGAUCAGCUCCAUAUGCCUCAUGUUACUGGAAUUACAGUCGCAAGAUUGGUCUCAUUGGGAAUCCUGAUUGUAUUAUUUCGACGAAUCCCUGCUAUAAUGCUUGGAUAUCGGUUCAUGCCCAAGGUUUGCAGUGAUUGGAAGGAAGCUCUGUUCAUGGGGUACUUCGCUCCGAUAGGCAUUGGGGCGAUUUGCUAUGUCGAAUAUGCUCGUCGAUUACUUCCUGAUCCUGGUGAAAGUGAUGCUGAGAUUAACUAUCUAACGGCGGCUAUGAUUCCAGUGGUUUACUGGCUAGUCUUCUUCUCAAUUGUCGUUCACGGACUUUCAAUCCCGGUGCUGAACGGUAUCUACAAGUGGCUACGGGUCCCCGUUAUCUACGAUCACCCUGUGGAGAUUUUACUGCUUUCGGAAAAUGAGCCCAUCCCCAAUAACAGCGUCGUGAACCGGCAAGCCCACCACGUCACAGUAAACAAUCGUUUUUCCUGCAUCUCUAAUCACACCGGGGGGUCGGAGCUCGGCAGUCGUCACCAAGGAGAGUUAGACACUGUAACGAUGAUUUUGCGAUCCAGCGACCAGGACCGAGACACUUGUUCUCUAGCACGAAGCUCAACAAAGGGGUCAUCGCAUCAACUUGAGCAGGCCACUGCUAGGGAAAUAGUUUGA